AUGUCGAUCGAAGAACAUAUCGAACGUCAAAACGACUACAUUUGGCGCAUCUCUCGUGCCGUCGACAACCUGCGCAAGCUCGGCGAGGCAAAAAUCACUUACGGGCAGGUGAAGUCGCGGCUUAAUGCCUUAAAUUCAAGUUGGAAUAAGUUCCAAGAGAAUCACGAAAAGAUCAGCGAGAUCAAGUUCGCAGCAAAAGGUGAUCAACUCGACGCGAUCAAAAAGCUUUCUUACUUGGCCAAAGAUUAUUACAGGCUGUGUGAAGAGCACUUCUUGAGUGGCGAAGGAGUGAUGCUUCAUCUUCUCGAAUCGCUAAAGCCUGCGCCUGCAGCAACCGUGCAAGCCGCUGCGGCUCCUCAAGACGCACCAGCAGGAGGAUCAUCAAAACGGUUACCGCGUAUCGAACUGCCCACUUUCGCGGGCAGCUACUCAGAAUGGGAGCCGUUUUACGACCUCUUCUCGUCGAUGGUUCGCGAAAAUUCGCAACUUUUGGAAGUGGAAAAACUGCACUACCUCAAAACCAGUGUGACCGAUGAACCGUUACAACUUAUCAAAAACAUUUCUCUCACCGCAGAAAACUUCCCUUGA